UGACAAUCUGUCAGUCUCGCUCUCAUCCUCAUUUGAAUUUCAUUACAAUACUUUUUUUUUCUCAUUUCUUAUCAAACUAUUGACUUGAAGCGUUGUGUUGUGUUGCUAUAGGAAACUUUGUUAUUACAUGGAAAAUGUCUGAAAUUGAAAAGUUUUUUAAGCAAGCUGCUAUGCAAGUAGGUGCUGGCGGCAGUGCAGGAUUUGUAGAAGUUUGCAUUAUGCAUCCACUGGAUUUAGUCAAAACAAGGUUACAAGUGCAAGCUACUGUGUCAACAAGAUCAGCAUUAGAUCCACAUUACUACACUGGUGUAGCUGAUUGUAUGAAGAAAAUGUAUCGGCAUGAAGGUUUCACUUCAUUUUAUAAAGGUAUUUUACCACCUAUCCUGGCGGAAACUCCAAAAAGAGCAGUGAAAUUUUUAACUUUUGAACAAUAUAAACAGUUUUUUAUGUUUGGCUCCAGUCAUCCCACUCCUUUAACAUUUUCCCUUGCUGGUCUUGGAGCUGGUAUUACAGAAGCAAUUCUUGUGAAUCCAUUUGAAGUAGUGAAAGUGACAUUGCAAGCAGACAAGUCAUUAAAAAGUGAGUUGCCAAGCACAUGGGCUGUUACCAGGAAGAUUGUGAGGGAAAACGGUCUCGGUUUUCGAGGCCUUAAUAAAGGGGUGACAGCGACGAUAGCAAGAAAUGGUGUCUUCAAUAUGGUCUAUUUUGGUUUCUACCACAGCGUGAAAGGCCUCGUGCCAGAAAGCAAAGAUCCACUAAUGGAGUUCGGUCGGAAAGUUCUCAUUGGCUUUACAUCUGGUGUACUUGGAUCGGUUAUCAAUAUACCAUUUGACGUCGCAAAAAGCCGCAUACAGGGCCCUCAGCCUGUACUUGGGGUUGUGAAAUAUAGAUCUACCACUGGAGCCAUUGUGCUGGUUUACAGAGAAGAAGGAUUCCGCGCGCUCUAUAAGGGUUUGCUUCCUAAGGUGCUUCGAUUAGGCCCGGGUGGUGCAAUUAUGCUUGUCGUCUACGAUUACGUAUACAACUUUUUAGAAACACGUUUUAGUGUGUGAUUUCUAUACAGAUAUAUUUUAUUUACCUAUGACCUGGUGCUAUGUACAUUACAUCGCUUUUAUUUAGUCAGUACUUUAUCUUAUCUAACUAAGUAAUAAAACAUAAGCUAACUAUAUAUUUUUGGAUAAUAUUGUAACAAAAAUAUGUAUCGUAACUAGUUGUCAGUAAAUAAAUAUUUGAUUGUUACUAAUAUCACUAGAUGUGAAGGAUUUACAGGGACUUCAUUGCAUACUGUAGUCUCUUUACUAAUUGAUUUGAAUUGUAUUUUAAUUACUUUCCACAACGUUUUAUGUUGAUUUUAAACUGAUACAGAGAAUCUAAUUAUAAAUUAAGUUUUACUGUAAUAGCUCUGUGAUAUAUGAAACAAUAAGUAGACAUAAGUUAAUUAGGUACAUCACAUAUCAUAAAUUCAAAUGAAAAUGUAAAACCUUUAUCAAGUUUCAAAUUAUUUUAAACAUUAUAAUUGUACAUAAAUAAGUACACACAGUGAUCAAUGUAUUUAUAUAUUGCAUUUGUAUGUUGGCAUUUGAUUUUGUAUAAUUAUAUAAUGUUAUUAAUUUUAUGAAACUAGCAGCAGCCAAAUAUUUUGUAUAAUUUUGUUGUUAUAUUGACUAUAAUUA